GAAAAAUGAACGUUUUUCUACAGCAUAAGAAAAUGAAAAUUCAAAUUUACAAAUGCAGAUGAGUGACGAUAUGGACAAUGUUCAUUCACACUUACCAGAGUUGGAAAUGGAAUUCACAGUCCCAUUGAAGGACGUUACUGUGCAUGAAAAGAAACAGGCAAAGUUUGAGUGCACAAUCAAUAAGGAUGUGCCUAAAGUGAUUUGGUUAAAGGGUUCUGAUAUUGUUACACAAGGAAAUAAGUAUGAAAUCAUUGAUGACGGAAAGAAACACAUACUUAUUAUUAAUAACUGUGGCUUUGAGGAUGAGGGAGAAUACAGUAUUGAGGUCUUGGGCAAAUCAUCAAAAGCAAAACUGAUGGUAGAGGGUAUGAGGCUGAGCUUCACCUCAACAUUAAAGGACCUAACUGUGAAGGAAGGUAAAACAGCUGUAUUUGAGCUUGAGCUUUCUCAUGAGAAUGUCCCCGUGACAUGGUACAAAAAUGAAAUAAAAGUACAUCCGAGCAGAACCGUGUUCACCAGCGUGGUGGGAAGGAGGCAUACACUAGAAAUUAAGGAAGUAUCACUAGAUGAUACUUGCCUAAUAAAAGCAGAGGCUAAAGGAAUAUCCACAAUGGCUAAGCUGCUGGUAAUAGGUAAUUUUACCUUUAUUUUACCCUUACAUUUAUUUGGUCAACUAAUCUUGUUUUUUCCCCCUCAUUUCCCCACCAUCAUCUUUGCACCACAACAAAACCUUUUGUGUAGAGUAUCACUCAUUGUAUUUUAGUUUCUGAAUAUUAUUAACAAAGCAACCUGUUUUUACAGAGGGUGAUGCAUAUUUCACUU